CUUGAACCGACCCAGUUGAAGUUGAACCCAUAAAACCAGUAUCAAAUUCCCUUCUGGGUUCUAUAGGCGUGUUCUCUAUGAUCCUUGAUUCUUCUUCUAAAAGAAGGAGGGUCACCAACAUUAAUAGCAUGGAGGCCGAAGAAGCCAAGGCCAAGCUCACAGCAGCAAAAGAAAAGUUUGGCAGAGAAAUUCGUGUUUUUGAAACGGCAGCAUCUUCUUCUUCGCAAAAUGUAGAGUCCAAUACUGAGGAGCCAGAUGACCUUUAUGAGUUCACUGCAGAGGAUUAUUAUCGGAUAAUGAAUACCAAGAAGGAAGAUAAGUUCCUGAAAACACGAAAGAUUAGAGAGGCAGAACAGGCAGCUCGCAGGUCAAGGAUAACAAAGGCUGUGAUCAGGGUUCGCUUUCCUGAUAAUACAACAUUAGAGGCCACUUUUCAUCCAUCAGAAACAAUUCAGAGCUUGGUUGAUCUCCUUAUGAAAGUGGUUGCUCGACCAGAAUUAUCAUUCCACAUAUAUACUACUCCUCCUAAGAAGCUGAUAAAAGACAUGACACAGGACUUUUACUCUGCUGGCUUUGCUCCUGGUGCGAUUGUAUAUUUUUCAUAUGAUAUUCCAAAAGGUGAUGAUACUACAGAUGUCAAGUCAGGUCCUUUCCUUCACGACGAGAUCAUGUCUUUGAAAGGUCAGGAACUUGUGAAAGAGCAUGCAGAGCCUGUUCAGACUGCACCAGAACCUAUACACGAGGCACCACCCCCUGUUGUCCAAGAGAAGAAGCCUGCCGAGAAAAAAUCUGUUAAGCCAAAGUGGCUGAAAAUGUGAUAUGGAUCAAAUCACCAACUUCUGGAGGUGUAAUCGCUAUUCAUCAUCUGAUGCUCUGUGGAAUGGUGGGCGCAAGUCCCUUUCUGUAACAUUUUGCUGGUUAAGACAGUUAUUUGAUGGCUGCAACUAGGCCUCAGAUGUUUAUAAGGAGGUAUUUUUUUAAAAAAAAUUUUAGCAAAUAUUUAUUAGGAGUUCAAAGAGAUGACUUUUACAUUUGCCAAAUCUGUGCUUUGUUAAGGUUGUUUAUAUUUUCUCCAACAAUGUAAUAAUGUACAACUUUUAUGUAGAAUGCCGCAGUAGGUGGUGUGCUUAUUCUUUAGCCUUUUCCUUUUA